AGGGAGUAGUGGAUUUGUAAUUUUGACCUCAUAAGCCCUGCUGAAGGCUGGAUGCUCUGAGCCCUGCUGCUGAUCCCGGUGAUAGUGCCUCCCAUCUGUGUGUGUGCGUGUGUGUGUGUGUGUGUGUGUCCUGGAGCCCAGAGGGGUGCUCUGGCUGAGCUGCAGCCAUGGAGGUGGCACUGGUAGACUUUGAGAGCCUGGAUGACAUUGAUAUCAGCCUGGAGGAUGAGUUGGACAACUAUGCUGAUGAGACGACGGCUCUCACAGUGGACAUGCCACCAGAGCACAGCAGCCCCGGCAGCAACCAUCACCUCCACGCCCCUCAACUUACCUCUACACCCUCCCACCACAGCCCCGUUCCCUCCUCUAUGUGGGAGUCCUCAUCAUCCACACCCAAUCCCCACACACAGACACUGGGUGUCCAGUCCCCAGCGAUGCCAACCCCAAGCAGAAGGGGGCGCAGCAGCUGCUCCAGUAUGAUCUCCAACUGGAAAUUGCUGCUAAGCAGCGAGGGCACAAAGGAGAGUGAGACGAUCUUCAGCCGAUUAGCUAAAGAGUGCUGCGAGGACCUGUUUGUAGAUAAACGCGGGCUUGAUGAUGGAGACCAAAAAGUGAUCAUCAACAUUGCUGGCCUUCGCUUUGAGACACAGCUCAAAACAUUGGACCAGUUUCCCGAGACACUACUAGGAGACCCUUCGAAGAGGAUGGACUACUUCGAUCCAAUGAGGAACGAGUACUUUUUCGAUCGGAACCGACCUAGCUUUGAUGGGAUCUUGUAUUAUUACCAGUCAGGGGGUAAGAUCAGACGCCCAGCUAAUGUUCCCAUAGAUGUGUUUGCAGAUGAAAUUCUUUUCUAUGAGCUUGGCAGUGAGGCCAUGGAGCAGUUCAGAGAAGAUGAAGGUUUCAUAAAAGAUGUUGAGAUCCCGCUGCCUACCAAUGACAUGCAUAGGCAAUUCUGGCUGCUUUUUGAGUACCCAGAGAGCUCCAAUGCGGCCCGGGGUGUAGCACUGGUGUCUGUUUUUGUUAUUGUCAUCUCCAUCAUCAUCUUCUGCAUGGAAACACUGCCAGAGUUCCGGGAAGAAAUAGACCCAAUCAGGCCCACUGUGGCGCAGCCUUUCAACCAGUCCAGUGGUUCCAGUUCACAGGCCCAACCUAAUGCCAAGCCUACAACUUUCUCUGAUCCCUUCUUCAUCAUUGAGACUGCCUGCAUUGUCUGGUUCUUCUUUGAGCUGUGUGUGCGGUUUUUGGUCUGUCCUAGCAAGAGAGAGUUUUUCCACAACCUUAUGAACAUCAUUGACAUUGUAUCCAUUAUCCCCUACUUUGUUACUGUGGUUACAGAAUUGGUCACAACGCCAGAAGAGAACUCAGGUCAAAACAUGUCUUUGGCCAUUCUGCGCAUAAUCCGUCUGGUCAGGGUUUUUCGUAUCUUCAAACUCUCACGUCACUCCAAGGGGCUUCAGAUUCUGGGACAGACUCUGAAGGCCAGUAUGCGUGAGCUGGGCUUGCUCAUCUUCUUCCUGUUCAUUGGAGUCAUCCUCUUCUCCAGCGCUAUCUACUUUGCUGAGGUAGAUGAGCCUAACACACAGUUUGUCAGCAUACCUGAAGGAUUCUGGUGGGCCGUUGUCACGAUGACCACUGUGGGCUAUGGGGACAUGUGUCCAAUCACCAUGGGGGGUAAGAUGGUGGGCACCUUGUGCGCCAUUGCUGGUGUGCUGACCAUUGCUUUGCCUGUGCCCGUCAUUGUGUCCAACUUCAACUACUUCUACCACAGAGAGACAGAGGCAGAGGAUAAGUUACCUUUGGCAGAUGCUGUUGAGCAAGCCAUGAAGAUUGAGACAGCUAACAAAUCAGGGAGCAACACCUCGCUUAACAAGGCCAACGGCAUUUGGCAGAGUGACAAAGGGAAAUAAUUGUCAUUGUGCAGAGAAACAUUAGAAACAGACUCCACUACUUAACAGGAGAAAGACACUUUACCACAAAGCUGGAAAACAUUUUAAUGUAGAGUGUACAGAGCAAAUGGAAACUGUGAUUUCCUUCAAAAAUGUUCUAGCAAAUAGGAUCAAUAAGAUAUUAAAUUUGUAUCUGGUACGCAAUAUUAUGUUUUAUAAUGUUAUACAGGAUGAACCUUACUUACCUCUUUUGUGUCUAAUAUGACAACUGUAAGAAGUUGACAACAAUGUAAAUAAAAUGGGGACUCAGUUCAUAAUUUCAUGUCAUAUUUCAAGUUUACUUAAGUGAUAGGAUUAAACAUUUAGUUGCAUAGAAAUAGAGGAAAAAAAUCCUUCAAAGUCAUAUUUCAGCACUGUGUAUGUUUAAGUGUCUUGAAUGGUUUACUUGUGUACACUGACUAGAUUAUAGGUCUGUUGUAUUUAUUUCAGAUUAUUUAUAAUUGUAUCAUGUUUCUGUUGUAAUUAUUUAUUCUCUUUGAUAAGUAGUGUGUCUAGCAAAUCCUCCGCUAUUGGCGACAGUCUGACUUACUCCAUAGUAUGUAUUGUAAUGGAGUGCCUUAACUUAUUUAACUUUGGGAUAUGUCUGUUGAAUUCGCCAUACAUACUCUGAGUGUUCAUCAUGGUCAUCAUGCACAUGUGUUCAGUUUUUUUUUUUUUUUUUUUUUUUUUAAACAUUAUCUAAUUUCAGCUUGAAGGAAAACACAUAAGCUGGGACCUGUUUGUGUUCUUACACUUCUUAUCAGCAGAUAGUUUGUCUGAAUCUCCUAUUUUUUGACAAAUUGGAAGGUUCUAUUCCAAAAUCCCCUAGGCCUAUAUCUAAGUUAGAGAAGCAUCUUAACCUUAAGUAGUAUUCAACAUCUCUAAAGAAGAUGCUCUCUGUUAAUCAGUCAUGUACUUAAUGUACAUUCUGUCCGACAUUUGUUUUGAUUUUCGUAGUACAUUAGUAUUGGUAUUUGCUAAGAAUUGGCAUCAUUUUUGUCAGAUAGUGAAUCUCAUGUGGAGAUAAACCUUUCAGGUACACCAUAAUCAGUAAGUUAUGGUCCCCUGUUGAGAAUGUGCAAAUGAAAUGAAAGAAGCCAAAGAUUAAAGUGAAAUGAAAGGAGUAAAGGGAAUUAUUACCAGGCCAGCGAGCACUAUAGGCCAAGAUGUCCAAUGAGCCAUCUGGUUUAGCAGGAGUAGUUAAAAAUAUAAUGUUAUGGUGACAAGUUUUAUGACUGUUUGUUUCAAAACAUUUGUUUUCUUAUAUGAAACAAUUCUGGAAAUGUGGAAAUGAUGAUGUGAUCUGGAUCCAGGAAGAGAAUGGAUGUAGCUUAGAUUCAUGUAAGAUAUGUCUGUUUGAGCAUAUGAUCUGAUGGUGCUGUCUGUUUGAUGAUCAUCAUCAUGGUGAUGAUGAUUACAGUAUGAUGAUUUUAUGAUGUCAUUUUUAGUCAGUACUAAAGCAAUUGCUGUAAAACUAACCAAACCUUUGGGAUUUUGAAAAUGGGACUUUGGUAGAGUCAGCAGUAGACUGGUCCGAAGUGAUAACCUGGGCCUUGGGUUUAUCACGCUAACAGGACCAUUACACUGUAUUUGUAUGUGUAUGUAUGAUUCCACUACAGUAUACUGUGUUGUAGAUGCAAUACAUUCUGGAUUUCAAA